AUGGCUCACUCCCUGAGUAACCAAUCUAUCAUCAUAACAGGGGCCUCUGCACCAUUUGCAGAGGCUUUUCGUGCCUGCUAUGGCGGUACCAAGAACAAGACUAUCGCGGUCAACCUAGAUCAUCUAAUAUCUAGCAAUUUGACCGAAGCUCAGGCUCAGGUAAACACCGCUUUCAGCGCUCUUGGGGACCGAAUGGAGGUUCUUAUCAUCGAUGCCAGAACGCAGCAGCCAUAUGGGCUAGACUCGAUUUGGGAGAUUCCGUUGAGUGAAUGGGAUCAGGGACACACAUCCAUGAGCUGUCGGAGGAAAAUGCUGGUGCAGGCAAAGUUGUUCCUUCAGCACCAAUUCCAGGUCAGCAAGUUGAAGGCCCAUGAGAAUGAACCAGGGAGCGGUUUUUCUGUUGUGGUCCUCGGUUAUCAAGAUCUCUUCGGUGUUUCACUCGAUCAAGUUAUUUCUAAACUCCAGAGAGACGUCUCACGACUUCACCCGGGUGCUUCUUUCAACUUCCUUGAUCUUAGCACCUCAAGAGAGGCCUCUGUCGCGUCCAUCGUCGCGGCAACAGCGACACUGGUCUCAGCGAAACCCACCUGUGGAAUAAUCUCGCUCAGCGACAUUGCGAGUGUAAACCCCACUGAAAAGAGCAAAAGCGACAAUUUCGUUGCUGAGAAUACCCAGCUUUGCCAAAGUCUCCCCUUCCAUCAUAAGCACCCAAAGGUCAAAGUUGCUUUGUCGUUUGACUUUGACGCAGUCUCUGCCUUCCUGGGGACAGGACACCAUCCAGACAACAACUUGGCAGACUACAGCACAGGCAUAUUCGCCGGUCGAGUGGGUGCCAAUCGGCUACUGCGCAUGUUACAAAAACACCAAGUAGCCGACAAAGUCACUUGGUUCAUCCCCGGGCACACGAUGGAAACCUUUGAAGCAACUGUCAAGGAGAUUGUUAAGUCCGGUGCCGAGAUAGGACUUCAUGGUUAUUCCCAUGAAGGUGCCUACCAAAUGACACCAAGUCAAGAGCGAGAUGUGCUAGUGAAGUGCAUGGAAUUGGCCCAGCGGCUAACCGGCAAAAGAGUGCAAGGCUAUCGCGCGCCCAUGUACCAGCUGCGCGAAACAACAAUCGAGCUUCUGAGGGAGUUUGAAUUUCUAUAUGACUCCUCCCUGAGUCACCAUGACUCACAGCCAUAUUUUACACCCAGCGAUCCGCCAAUUAAACCGGUGGAUUUCUCCCAGCCGGCCAGUACGUGGUUGCGCCCCACGCCGCUUUCUGAGACGAAUGCCCGCCCCGUCGGCCACCCACUUGUGGAAAUUCCGACCGGCUGGAAUAAUGAAGAUAUGAUGGCGUUACAGUACUUCCCGCAUCUCGACAAUACCAAUGGGCAGGUUGAUGCACGGGUGGUUGAGCAGAGAUGGAAGGACAUGUUUCUGUGGCUGUGGGAGAAUGCAGACGUUGAUGGGGGCGAUGGAAGCUUUGUCUUCCCUAUCUUGAUGCAUCCCGAUACCAGUGGCAUGUCCCAUGUGAUAGGGAUGGUUGAUCGUUUUGUAGGGUGGCUCCGGGGAUGGGGGGACGCAGUUCAGUUUUGCACUUUUGAGAGUAUCACACGGCAGUGGUUGGAAGAGCAGCAAAAGGCCAAAUGA